CAAUGGCUGACAGUCCCGCCCGCCCCAUCCAGGCACGCUGCCACCUGCUGAGGGAUAAAAUCCAGGAGCCCAGGUGUUGGGGUGUCAGGAGAGCGCUGCCAUGAAGGGCUCUGGGGCUCUGCUGCUCCUGGCGCUUGCCUUACUCUGCAUCUGUGGGUCAGCCACUGCUGAGGAUGACAAUGAGUUCUUCAUGGAGUUCCUGCAGACACUGCUGGUGGGGACCGUAGAGGAGCUGUUGGAGGGGCCGCUGGGCAAGUACAACGUUAACGAGGGUGCCAGGGCGGCACUGACAGAGCUCAAGUCCUGCCUGGAUGGCCUGCAGCCGGUGCACAAAGAGGACCUGCUCAAGCUGCUGAUGCAAGUGCUGGGCGGGGAGGACAGCUCGUGAGUGAGGCCUGAAUGGACCCAGGCAGCCCCAGGACCAGCAGCACAAGCAGCUGUGGACAUGGACACGCCGCCACCUCCUUCUCCCCAUGUGUAAAAAU